GAAGGAGUCGUCAAGAUGAAGAUUGCCAUUGCAUUUUUGGCCCUCGUGGGUCUGGUCGCCGCGGCCAGUUUCCACCAAACGCAUGAGGUGAAGAUCGCCGACAAGGGAUUCCUCGUGAAGCAGAAGUUCCUCUUCGAGGUGGUCUAUCGCAUCGAGGAUCCCCUGAUGUUCGAGGAUAUCAUCAAGCUGGGCGACAAAUUUUACUUUGAUGAGUCUUACUACACCCACUACGACUUCUACAUGAAGAAGUUCUUCGAGGCCUACAAGAUGCACUCCCUGCUGCCCAAGGGCGAGUUCUUCGGCCAGCUGGUGAAGUCCCAUGCCAAGCAGGCGCGCGGCCUCUUCAACUUCUUCUACUACGCCAAGGACUGGGAGACUUUCAUGCACAACGUGGCCUGGGCCCGCAUGCACGUGAACGAGGGCAUGUUCGUCUACGCCCUCACCCUGGCAGUGAUCCAUCGCGAGGACUUCCACGGCCUGAUGCUGCCCUCCAUCUACGAGAUCUUCCCGCAGUUCUUCUUCAACAGCAAGUUCGUCUACGAGGCUGAGAAGUUCGACUACGAGAUGUGGAUGAAGAUGACUAUGUACGAGAAGGAGUAUCUGGAUGUGUACUUCAAGGGCCACGAGCACGGCAAUAUGUACCAGUACGGCGACUAUAUGUACAUGAAGGACUUCAAGAUGUGGCAGUGGUGGAAGCUGAUGGGUCUGGGCGAGCACUGGUACAGCGAGGACAAGUUCAUUCUGCGCGAGAACAUCUACGAGUUCAACCAGGACACCAAAUGGCUGGCCAUGAUGAAGGACGUCAAGGUCUGGUGGAUGCCAGUCGACUACACCCGCGACCUGGAUCUGUACAACGAGGAAUCGAAGCUGUCCUACUUCACCGAGGAUCUGGGCUGGAACGCAUACUGGUACUACCUGAACAUGGAUUACUCCUUCUUCCUCGACGGAACCACCUUCGACCUGAAGAACGAUCGUCGCGGCGAAUGGUGGCUGUACAACGUCCACCAGCUGCUCUCCCGCUACUACAUGGAGCGUCUGUCGCACGGAUUCGGCGACAUUCCCGAGUUCUCCUGGUACCACCAGAUCGAGAUGGGCUACGAUCCCCAGAUGAUCUACUACAACGGCAUUGGCUUCAGCUACCGCAAGAACUACUACGAGAUGGAGACCUACGGCAACUUCGAAAUGCUCGACAAGAUCACCGGCUUCAUGAAGCGCAUGCAGGACAUCAUUGAGCUCGGUUACUACAAGACCACGGACGGCCACACGAUCGAUCUGCGCAAGCCCGAGUCCAUCGAGUUCAUUGGCAACCUGAUGCAAGGCAACAUCGAUGCCAUGGACAAGAUGUUCUACCAAUUCUGGUACAUGCUGGCCCAUAUGUACUUCGGCGAUGUCGACUACCACCAGAUGGAGGUCUACCCCAACGUGAUGCUGAACUUCGAGACGAUGAUGCGCGAUCCCAUGUACUACAUGUUCUACAAGUCGAUCGCUUCGAUCUACUUCAAGUUCAUGCACUACCUGCCAAAGUACACCAAGGAGCAGCUCCUGAUGCCCGGUGUGACCAUGAAGCACGUGGAGGUCAGCGAUCUGACCACCUACUUCGAUCUGGUUGACUUCGAUGUGACCAACAUGCUCAACGACAAGAUGAUCUUCCACGACGGCAAGUUCGUCUGGGACAAGUCGCUGUAUGCCCGCCAGAUGCGUCUUAACCACAAGCCCUUCACCUACACCUACACCAUCGAGUCCGACAAGGUCGAGAAGGUUGUGGUGCGCGCCUUCCUGGGACCCAAGUUCGAUGAGUUCGGAAAGAUGAUUUCCCUCACCGAGAACCGCAUGAACUUCAUGGAAGUCGAUGAGUUCUACUACGACCUGAAGGCCGGCAGCAAUGUGAUCACCCGCAAGUCCAACGACUUCUACUGGACCGUCAAGGAUCGCACCACCUACACCGAGCUGUACUACUACGUGAUGAUGGCCUUCGACGGCAAGUAUGACUUCCCUCUGGACAUCAGCGAGCCCCACUGCGGCUUCCCCGAUCGCCUGGUCUUGCCCAUGGGCUGGAAGAAGGGUAUGCCCAUGCAGAUGUUCUUCAUGGUGAUGCCAUACAAGGCCCCCAGCCACGAGCAGUUCUCCACCUUCGACUACACCUACUCCUGCGGCAUUGGCUCCGGAGCCCGCUUCGUCGACAGCAUGCCCUUCGGCUAUCCCUUCGACCGCCAGAUCGAUGAGUACGAGUUCUUCGUGCCCAACAUGUACUUCAAGGACGUGACCAUCUUCCACACCGACACCAUGGAACCCUACUACAAGUACAAGGGCUACACCAACUACGGCCACUUCGACUACACCUUCUUCCGCGACUACUACACCAAAUACUUCAAGUUGUAAGCGGUGUCUGCGCGGCCUGGCCUGGUGCCGGCUACGAUGGCGAACACGGAACGAACCUUCUUCUGAUUUGAU